AGUUCACUUGCAACCGCCUCCCGUGUGGCUCGUUCUUUGCCAGACGCCAUGGCGAGCGCACUGACAUGUGCCAUCUGUGUAAUUCUGUGCGCCCAGCUGGUGUUUGCCGAAGAGAACUGCUUCGUAAUGGCGCCUAAUGUCUUCAGAAUGGGGACCAAGGAAACCGUUGCGGUCAUGGUGGACGGUGGUCCAAAGAAAGUGACUGUGGCACUUCACAACAUUCCGAAUGGACUGCGAAAUUUCUUUUACUGGUCAUACCCGGUCACUUCUGAUUCUCCUCAAAUUGCGGACAUCAUUGUGCGUGAGAAUGAUGUGCCCGAUCUGCAGUACGAACAGAACAAUGUCUACGUCACACUGGAAGUUAGGUGCGGCACUCUGUGGACGAAAACGACACAGGUCCUGGUGAGCCCUGCCUCGGGCGAGCAUUUUUUCCUUCAGACGGAAAAGCCCAUCUAUCACCCGGGGAAAAAUGUGAACAUAAGGUUCUUGGCCGUCGAUGGCAGGCUUAAGCCAUCAGAAAGCAUCUUCAGACUGGAAGUUCGGAAUCCCCAAAAUGUGGUCGUCGAAAGGACGGAAUUUCAGCCCAGCAGAGAUUUGCUUCUCACGCACACCUAUCAACUACCUGAGCGCACGCUUCUCGGAGAGUGGUCACUCGUCGUCAAGUACGGAUACAACUUUCAACAAAACACCACGUCCACGUUCCUGGUCGAUAAGUACGUGCUCCCAAGGUUUAAGGUCGACCUGAGUGUCCCUGAAUACGUAUUGAGCAAUUUUUCGACACUACGCUGUGCAGUGCUUGCAAGGUAAGGCAAUUCAUGAAUUAUUGAGGCACCUUUCAUAGCGAUAAUAUUUACUGAUCCUAUCGGAUAUAAUAAACGUAGGAAAAAAAGAAAACAGCAAUGUCCUGCAAUGUUACAGUCAACUUCUGCAGUAAUGCACGUAUGAUUGUGUUUGAAAUGCUUUUUUUCUUUGGGUAUAGAGCACAUAUCACCCAAGAGAGUUCGAUAUCAUGCAAGCCUUUGGUGAAGUAUAAUCAACGUUAUUGCUGCAUCCUCUCCUAAAUAAUUGACGCAGCCUUUGUUAUUAAAAUAAUGGCUGCAUAAUCAGUGUAUCUUUACCGGCCUCGUUAAGCGUGCAAUGAGAGAUUUCGCUAUGAACACUCGCCCAUUUUUUUGCGGCUGUUAAGAAGCACAAGAUAAACGUAUAAAUUUCAAAUUUGUUGCACACAGGACUGGGGAGUAAAAUAGGCAGCA